AUGUUAAUCAGCGCCUUGAGCCUUACUCCUGCCACCGCUUCUCCAGCAGAACCAAUGGUGGUGGAUGGAAGCUAUUUUGGCUUCUUCUUUGCGGUGAUCGUCACCAUUUUGUGCAUCACACUGGGAUACAUAGCUUUGCUCAGGAAAGAACUUCGAGAGCUGCGCGGAGAGAAGACUCAGUUUGAGUGGAAUGGCACUUUGACAAAGGUGCUGAAACUUCUGAAAAGAGCGAAAACUGAGAGCAAGCAAAAGGAGGCCAUCAAGACCAAUGUUGAAGGUGCCGAAGAAGAAAAGGGAACAGACGAUGAAAGCGUUGGAGAGACGCCACAAGAACGCUUUGAAAGAUACAGCCAAAGCACCUUGGACGAAGUGUCCGACCCAGGACUUUGGCAGCUUUGGCACCAUGGAACUCCUAGCGCAACCGAUGAGCCUUCUGCCCAUCGACAAUAUGCAGAUGGACACAUCGAGCAGAUGAUGAAGGACACCAAUGACAUCUUGCGCAGACGUCUUCGAAGGUUAGAGACUGAGUAUGACGCAGCAUCAGAUGCUAACGACAUCAAUCUGAUGCACCAGCUGAAUUCCCAGAUCGAUGAGUGCAAUGGCCUUAUGUAUAACAUAGGCAUUGUCCUUUGGUCAUUGGUGGCUGAAUUGGCUUACCUGAGUCCACCGUGGAGGCUACACCGCAUGGGUUUGCGUGCCACCUCUGAAGAGGAAACCUUGUCGUACCAAGAUGAGGACUAUUGGGAACGCCGUUAUAAAACUGGAGACAAAGGUGCCAAUCCUGAUCGAAUCGAUGAUCGCGGUGUGGGAUGGCUUUGUGGCUACAAGGGACCUUUGCAGGAAACACUGGUAGCCAUCACUGGUGGCGAUCGGAGCAAGGUCAUUCUCAACAUAGGCUGUGGCCUCGAUCGUCUGAGCCCUGACAUCUAUGCGGAUGGCUACACAAAUCUUCUGAGCUCCGACAUCUCAGCGCAUGCGAUUGCUGAGAUGCAGACAUCGACCGCAGAUGACAUGCCACUGGCAAAGUGGCUGGUGGACGACGUGAUGCAGAUGAACGUCCCAUCUGAAUCUGUGGACAUCGUAGUAGAUAAGGGCACUUUGGACGCACUGCUCAUCCGUCCUCAGCCCUUCAGCUGUGCAGCAAAAGCACUACGUGAGAUCCAGCGGGUGCUGAAGGUGGGUGGCAUUUACUUGAUGAUCACGCAUGGGCGAGGUGACCCAGACACGUGGCGACUGCCGUUACUUGCCAUGCCGCAUUUGUCGUUCAACAUUGCAAAGACGCCGGACAUGGGCGGAUACUUCAUUUUUGUUUGCACAAAGCUUCCUUGGGGCAGCGGUUCCCCGGAAGAAGCCUGGAGUCAAGCAGAAGAAUGGGCCCAGCAGCGGGAUCAGGAGGACCAAGAGGCAGAGUUUGCGGCGAUCGAUGAUGUUGGUCAAUGA